GAGUUCUAUCUACAUGUUAAGUAUUACAUUGUCUUUUCCCUGAUUUCCUGAGUGAACGUCUGCCACCAGCAGAAACACUAUUGCUUGGAGGAGCCUUCUCAACUCAGAUUGCUGUAUCUUGCAGUUGCAAAAAUGACUGUAACCAGGUGUCCAUUCAGGCUUUGCAUCGUCUCAAGCACCAGAACGCUUCAUUGUUUGAUGGGAUUCUUGCCUCUAAACAAAAUGCAAACUUCUCUGCUUCUUUAACUUCCUGCAAAGAGAACGUUGUUCAGACAGUUGCAAUAACAAAAUCCAACCAAUGACCUUUCUUUUCCUCUAUGAGUCACUCUACAAGAAGAGAACCAGCCAAGAAUUUGCUAUCCGGAGAUUGCCUUUUUUACAACCCUCGCUUUUGCCGAUGCUCCAAAUGAGGGGCCAGAAUCUCUCCAACGGUGGGACUUUUCCAAGACCUUUCCCCUUCAAUGGAACUGAGAUGCCGGGAAACCCAGGGAUGAACUGCUCGGAACCCGGAAGAGUUUUCCAACACACCUUUUAUGCUGCCACCUACAGCAUCAUCUUCAUCCCAGGUCUCCUAACCAACAGCAUUGCUCUCUGGAUGCUCUGUCUCCUUAUCCGAAAGCAAAACAAAGCCAUCAUCUUCCUGCUGAAUCUGGCCACCGCAGACUUCAUUCAUGUCCUCUCCUUACCUCUGCGGAUUUAUUACUAUGUCAACUACAGGUGGCCCUUUGGACUCUUCCUCUGCCAGCUUUGCUUCUACCUGAAGUACCUGAACAUGUACGCCAGCAUUUGCUUCCUCACCUGCAUCAGCGUGCAGCGAUACCUCUUCCUGCUCCAUCCCUUCAAGGCCAAAAACUGGAAGAAGCGCUACGAUGUCGCCAUCUCGGCCGCCGUCUGGUUGGUGGUUGGUGUAGCUUGCCUGACCUUCCCUUUGCUGAGAAACACCGGGAGUUCGGAAACUUGCUUCUCGGAUCUCAACAUUGAAAAGUUCCAGAACAAGGCGGCUCUGAUCGGGAUGCUGAUAGCGGCUGAACUGGUUGGGUUUUUGUUCCCUCUGGCCAUCAUCGGCUACUGCACUUCCAAAAUCAGGGCGUCCCUCCGGGAACACCAAAUGCCUUUACAAAACACUGGCGAAAAACAGAAGGCGCUACGGAUGGUGUCGAUGUGCGCCGUGGUGUUUUUUGUCUGCUUCGCCCCCUAUCACCUCAUGUUUUUCUUCUUCAUGUUGGUGAAGGAAGAUGUGGUGAAGGGCUGCGCUGUAAAACAAGGCAUCUUGUAUCUGCACCCCUUCUUCUUAAGCCUGGCCAGUUUCAAUUGCUGUUUGGACCCAUUCUUGUAUUUCUUUGUGACCUCGGAAUUCCACGAUCGGAUACCAAGCUACAGCAGCUGGUCCUUCCGAAGUCGUUUGUUAAGCAAGGAAAGCACCGCUUCGGUGAAGGGAUAAAUUAGCUGGAUUUCAGGCUGGACAGAGGAUUGGGGCAUCUAGAGGAGGGACCCUAAGCUCUUGUCAUUUAAACUGUGUCGCCUGAUACCCUGUAGCACAGGGGCCCUCAAAUUUUUUAAA